AUGGCCGAGCCCGGGCCGGAGCCCGAGCCGGGGCGCGCCUGGCGGGUGUUCGCCCUGUGCGGGGCCGCAGUAUUCCUGGCAGCGGUUGCUGCCGGAGCAGCCCUUCUCGCCUGGAAUCUGGCCUCCUCGGCCUCGCGGAGGCCCCGCUGCCCAGAGCCGGCCGCCAACACCACGGCGCCGCCUGGAGACCCCGGACCCGAAGUGGAGGAACUUCGGCGCCGACUGGCAGAGGCUGCCCGGCUCGAGGAGGCCCUGACGAAGCGGCUGAAGCAGGCCGAGCGUGUCCGCCGGGAGCUGGAGGAGGCCCUAAGGGCCUGUGAGGGCCGCCAGAGUCGGCUUCAGACCCAACUGAUGACUCUGAAGACUGAGAUGGAAGAGGCCAAGGCGCAGGGGACCCAGAUGGGGGCUGAGAACGGGGCGCUCACAGAAGCCCUGGCGCGCUGGGAGGCGGCGGCCGCUAAAUCUGCGCAGCAACUGGACGAGGCGCAGCGGCGCGCACGUACGGCCGAGGCGGAGGGCGAAGCCUGCGCAGCCCGGGAGGCGGCGCUGCGCGAGCACGUUAAAGCCCUGGAAGCCCAGACGGGCCCCCAGCGCAGAGUUUCACAGCCCCGGACCCGCUCCGGGUCCCGACCCCGGCCCAGUCCCCGCUCGCGCUCUCGCCCAGGAACUUCCGGGGGCUGCAGGCGACCUACGCGGCGCGCACGAGGGUGAGUCGGUCCCCAGCUGGAUAGGGGCUCGAGACCAGGAGGACAGACCCUGGGAGCCCUGCAGGGACAAUCAGAGAGGUGCCCAAGCUGGAUGAGAUGCUCAGUCGACACCCAUCCACGCUCAGCUUUUGACCCAGCAGCAACCCUGAAACUGUGCUGAAAGAAGACACGACCCUGUGUUUCUGACCAUCUAGUACCUAUCUACAGACGGGAAUACUGAGGUCCACUGGGUCACAAAGUGAGAUUGUGCAGAGCCGGGACAUAAGUCCCCUCUAAGGACAAGGCCAGUGUUGCCCUCAUCCCUCGGACAUGAGGACUUAGGGUCCAGCCCUGAUCUGGGAGUGACCUGAAGGGCUCGCUUCUCCUGUCUCGUCCUCAGUUUACCUUAUCUGUAAAAUGAAGGAUUGGAAUGGUGAGGGCCAGCAUAUCCUUGACACCAGAACCUGACAUAAAUGGCACAAUAGGAAAACUCCAGAUCUCUCUCCCUUUGAGGGUACAAAGCUCCCAAAUGAAAUUUUAGGAGAACCAAGUAAUACAUGACAAAGGGACAUAGGCCUGAGAUGCAAAGAUGGUUCAGUAUUGGGAAGUCUGUUAAUAAAAUUCUCCAUGCUAAAAAAAAAAAAAAAAAUUUGCCAUGCUAAUGGAUCAAAUGAAAAGCAUUCUGAAAAGGUCAUCAAAAUAGCAAAAAUUUCAUGUGAGAUUAUACAGUAUUUGUCUUUCUCUGACUUACUUCAGUUAACACGCUCUAGAUCCAUCCAUGUUGUUGCAAAUGGCAAGAUUUUUUUAUGAGCCUAUUAUAAGCAGUAUUCCAUUGUGUGUAUACAUACAUUGUGUGUGUGUGUAUAUAUAUAUAUAU